CUCCCGGUGCACCUGAUCCCGCGCAUCUCACGGGCCAAUAGCCGCCCGCGUCUCUCUGCAGGCAACGCCCACACGCGCUCGUUGAACUUUCAUUAUUUGCAUCAAGCGCCUGCACGACACGUCCAGUUUUACUUUGACGCGCUUCAGUAGACGUGUCAAUAUAGCACUUGCAGUUCGCCAACAUGCGCGGCGCGUUUACCGGUCUAUGCGUUGGGAUUACACUGUUACUGAACAGCGGAUUUGUUGUCUUGAAGCGCCAGGACUCGUCCUCAGCUCUUGGCAGUAUUUUCCGUACGAGGUGCGCCGCCAGGUGCCUGAGCCUUCACAGUACGCGCAUCGCGUUCUCCACAAGACAUUUCCAGAGUAAUGGAUCCCUUGGAUGGUGUCAGAGCCAUAAACAGUGUGCAAAGUGCCUGGAGCCAUGCAAAGACUCCUGGGAGUUGAAAGACGGACCUUGUCAAGAUUUAUGUGAGCACGCGUUUCCCAAGCGUCACGGGGAAUGUGUUACCAGCUGUGAGUUUCUGCGCUCAGUGAUGGUGGUAAAACAGGGUGACUGCCCAGCGCCAGAGAGAGCCAGCGGGUUUGCUGCUGCCUGCGUGGAGGGAUGUGAAGACGACGGAGAGUGUUCAUCCCAAAAAAAGUGCUGCCCGAACGGCUGUGGACACACUUGUCAGUCCCCAAAGAAUCUUUACAGGGGUGCUCCUCUUAAACCCAGAAAGGAGCUGGUCUUUGAGGAGCUACAGUCUGGUGCACUGGAGGUGCGUUGGUCCUCGAAGUUCAAUGUGUCAGCGGAGCCGGUGUUGAACAUUUUGCAGAGGAGAUGGAACUACGGCAUCCACCCCAGUGAAGACGGAGCCACUGAGUGGCAGGUGGUGGCACGGACAUCAGAGGAGCGUGUGUGGUUGACAGACAUUCGGCCCGGUCGCUGGUACCAGUUCAGGGUGGCAGCAGUCAAUGUGCAUGGGACCAGAGGAUAUACCACUCCCAGUAGACACUUCAGAUCCUCUAAAGAUCCCGCCCCUCCUCUGGCGCCCUCUGACCUCCACGUCAGCGACAUGACCUCUGGUGCAGAUCGCUCUGUGUCCGUCCGCCUCAGCUGGAUUAUGACUGCAGACCUGGACAUCCCUGUCAAUCACUUUAAACUAUCCUGGAGCUAUUCCGACCACACCGUGCUGCCCAAACUCAAAAGGAGACAGACAGUCAAUGGGGACUCUACCUAUGCUGAGCUGGAUGGCUUGAGAGAGAACAGGAGUUACGUAGUGGAGCUGCAGGCAGUUUCAUACUGGGGUCAGGUCCCCCUCAAGGGAUCCAAGGCCAUACUUCAGUUUACUACAAACCAGAGACAAUCCAAUUUGGAACCCACAUUCAGCCCAGUUUUCGUAAAGCCCCAGUCAGAUCUGUUAGACGUGGGCACACCGUUUUAUCAAGAUGGACAGCUUCAGGUCCGGGUUUACUGGAAAAAGGGAGAUCCCACUGUGAAUCGUUACCGUGUACAGUGGUCUCCAGAGUUUUGCAGUCACAAUGGAUCCAGAACCCAGGAAAAGCUCAUCACCCAGGAGAAUUUUGCCAGCCUUCCUGGUCUUCAGUUCUCUUGCAAAUACAAGGUGAUCAUCCAGCCUGUAGGAUCAAAGGCUCGAGCACAGGCGGAGAGCACAACCUUCUACACACCGUCAUGUGCAACCAUUCAAAGCAAGAGCCCCAAACCCAUUCCCUGUUCCACUGCCUCAGUGGUUCCUCAGAAGGUCCUGAUCAAGGCAGAGAACCUGACAGCAGCAUUUUCUGUCUACAUGGGAAACGUGACUGGCCUUUUCUCAUGGGUGGUGGGGAUGCCUCAACCCCCACAGCAAGUCACGGGGUACCAGGUCACAUGGGCAGAGCUCAUCACAGAGAGCCGCAAAAAUAAUCUGCCCAACAGUCUCAUAUCUCAGUCUCAAAUCCUGCCUCCUGAGCGUAACAUCCUGGUAGUUUCUGGUCUUCAGCUUGCGUCUCUCUAUAGGCUUGAAGUCCAGGUAAUCACUACAGGAGGACAAGGACCAGUAACUUCCAGAACCUUCCAGACACUAGCUCAAGGCAGGCCAGUCCUGCAUUACAAACCCCGGAUUAAGAAACACCAUUUUAGGUCGGUGAUAGAACGGCACUGAAGACCACAUUGCAACGAUUCAUCAAAAACCAGACCCGACUCCUCAGGAAGACUCCUCAGGUUGCGUUUCAACCUGAGCCAGUCAACUGCCUCCGAACUUAUCAUGGGGACCUGCUGUAAUGAGAAGAUCAUAAUGAUGUGAUUGAUGUUAUGAUAUCUGAGGGUCCAGUAAUUUCCUGUGGGGCUUCCACAAACUAAUUAGAAUUGAAUAUGCAACAAAGAUCUGGGCAUCAAUACCAAAAGCCAUAUGAUAAAACAAGAAACAAUUGAAGCACAGAAAUGAAUGGAUUUGAAACUGUACCCUUGUGGUUAAUCGCACCUUCCUAAAAAUGACCCGAAGCACUGCAAAUCCAAUAUUGCAUGUGAUGACUAAUUUGGUUUGACUUGUAAAUAAGCCUGACACAAUACUGUUUGUGGUUUUGCAUGUGUUUGUUCAGCAUGGAAUUUUUCUGCUUGUUUGCGUCAAUAGCAGCAAAUGAGGUAUCGAUGAGAAAUGAAUUGCAGUUCUGGUAAAGGAGUUCUUAUGAGGUUGUAAUGUGGUGUGUGCUCAAUAUGCUGUGGAAAUGUGUGUUUGCAUUCAUGUAAUUCCUGUAUAUACUAUAUGUUUUUUAUUUAUUUAUGUAUGCAAUACAAAUGUGUUACGUGGAUUUGUAACUUUCCGUGCGUGUGAAGAUGUACAGUACGUCUGUGCAUGAAUGUAUGUGUUCUUGUGUGCGGGUUCCCCAGCAUCAUUCGCAAACAAACCCUUGCAAGGAUAAUUUGUAUACAUAUAUUUGUUAAUUCCCAUGGAUGAUACAAAUUGAUGUACAUAUUUUAUAUGAUUAAAUCUGUUAAACCUUGUUUUCCCUUCAUAAUACUGGUCGUGUGUUUUGUAACAGUGCUGCCUGUGUGAAUAUAAAAUUGCACGUGAAUCCACACUGCGAGCUACAUGGCAGUCAAAUCUUUACCAUUAAAAAUGCAUUAAGAACAUCCAUAUAAAACGAUGAAUUCCAUCCGAACAUUGACACGUUUUGCUAGUAAAACACUUCCAGUUGAUACAAAACAAUCAUAUUCUGUCCUGCACUGGCAAACAACUUCCAGCCUAUAGCAAUAACAUAAUUGGGUUUACUUUUCAAUGGAAAGAGACAGUCUGUUGAUGCAGCUAGACAGGGUUUUGCCUCUAUUUCUGUGGUUCAGUGUGCACGCGCAAACCAAGCAGUCAUAAAGCCCUAAGCUCAAGGGACAAGUGUGUUGUUACUCAAACAUACACAUAUCUAUGCAGGCAGCUCUUGUGGCUGUCUAGUCACUUUCAUUAGAAUUCAGCUCCACACCUGGCCCUUAUGUCACAUGGAAGCAUGUGCAUGUGUGCUUGUUUGUAUAAUAUAGUAUAUCGAUAUGUCCUGUUGUCAUUACCCUUUACAAUAAUGCCAUAGCAGAUAGAUGGCAUAUACAGCAUAGCCUCCAUUAGUUUCCUCUGUAAGCUUUUCUAUAUUGUAGAUGCACUAGCCUACAGCUGUUUCUUAACAUAAUUCACAUCUACACACAUUUAGAUUGUAUCAUGGGAUGGAUAUUACAUGUGGCUUGUUUGGAUAGUCUAGUAUGACUUCCAUAUGCUGUACCUCACAUGUAAUUUUCGUGUAUACUAUGUGUGUUUGUGCUUGGUUUAAGCUGAUGCACUGAUUUAUUUUUUCUUUAUGGGUAGGCUUUAUAAGACUAUGAAAUAUGUCUCUUAUUUCACUCCCUUUGGGAGCAUCGCACUGGAAAAUUUAGUUUUUUUUUUAAAUUGUUUUCCAGUAACAAUAUUUAAACAUACUUGGAACUAGAUAAAUCUACUUAUGAAAAAAUAGCUUGAUAUAUUAUGAAAUGUUUUCC